AGAGGUAGCAGCAAGCAAGAGAGCAGUACAGAAGCGGAAUCAGAUGUAGUGAAGUCUGUGAGUUGACAGUGGGGUGCACGAGAACAGGCGUUUCAUAGCGGUGGAGGCGGAGGAGGUUUAGGGGAAAGAAUUGUUUUCUGUGUGCGCGAGAAACGUGUCGAACAGUAAAAGUCUCUGAACGGGAAUCAUUGGUUGGUGGUGGUGAAAUGAUCCUCUAGCCCGAGGAUUUUGACUUGGUCCGCUCGGACAAAGAGGAAUACAAUUUGUAUAUCGCUACACAUCGACGGAUCCUACGCUCGUUCAUCCAUAGAAAACAUCAUCAAACGCUGACGUCGCAAAAUUCGUCUGGUGUCGUUUUCCUUCGUGGUGAGCGUCGAAGAUUCAACGACUGACUAGCGACCAUCACGCGCGCGUGUCUUUGUUUUUUUUGUUUCUCAAUAAACUUGCUCGCAACGGGUGAAACAGUGUGUUAUAUCACAGUGGUGAAAGACUGAUAUUGUUGUGUGUAUUGCUGUGAUAAAUAAUCGGUAGCAGUCAGAGGCCCUUCCUAAACGACGAUCGAGCUCAGCUGAUUCAAGGACUUGCUGCGAAGGGCUCUGCUGCGAUAAUAGACGAUAAAUAUGUCGUCCCCCAGCGCUGGAAAACGACGUAUGGACACGGACGUUCUCAAAUUAAUAGAAAGCAAGCAUGAGGUGACGAUUCUAGGAGGAUUAAACGAAUUUUCCGUGAAAUUCUACGGUCCAAGGGGCACACCUUACGAGGGUGGAAUAUGGAAGGUGAGGGUUCACUUGCCCGAGCACUACCCCUUCAAAUCUCCUUCGAUCGGCUUUAUGAACAAGGUGUACCACCCUAACAUUGACGAAGUCUCUGGCACAGUGUGUCUAGACGUAAUAAACCAGGCUUGGACUGCCCUUUACGAUUUAUCGAAUAUUUUCGAGUCUUUCCUGCCCCAAUUGUUAACAUAUCCUAAUCCAAUUGACCCCUUAAAUGGCGACGCCGCGGCCAUGUAUCUACACAAACCUGAGGAGUACAAGAAGAAGGUAGCAGAUUACGUGAGGAAAUACGCGACGGAGGAGGCGUUAAGGGACCAGGAGAACGGCGGUACUGAGAACGGAGUUUCGUCCGACAGCGAGUCUUCGAUGAGCGAUUUCAGCGAGGACGAAGCACAGGACAUGGAGUUGUAACCAAAUAUUUUACCAUCCGUACCCAUAUCCUUAAUCUCGAUUCCCUGUAAACACUCCGAUCGCUCGUCCUACCAAAUAGAUGCUUACAUUCGAACCAUCAGACGGUGUUCGCCGUCUGUUUAGCCGACAUGGCACUCUCGUCACUUCGUUUCCUAGGGAACACGUUUCAACUGCGACCAGAUUGUUGUUAAAUUAUUAUUCGGCAGGUAAACGAAACAGAAAGGAAGCGUUUAAAAAAAUGAACAGCAAAUGGAUGAUGAACAAAAAGAGAAUAUCGCUUUUGGAGUUUUCAACGAGAGAGGAUUCUUUCUUUUUUUUUUUAAUUUUUUUAUUAAUUCCAAAUUGGAUAGCAUUCUGGUUGAACAAUUACUGUGAUCGACGACGAUUAAAGCUUUUGUUUAAUAUCUUUUUUUUUUUUUAUCGCACUUGGUUGUUGUUCCUCCUCGUUGUGGAUUUUAUUUUCUCUCUUUCUUUUUAAAUCGUGCAUCGAAGUUGUAGGAACGUUGUUAAAAUUUCGUUUACCAACUGUUGCAAUUCGUGUUACGUUGUGUUUUAGUGCGCUUUGUUAUUCGUACACGUGCCGAGAAUAAUUACACUUGGCACCGUGUGCAGGGUGUUUGAAAAGAUUUUAAUGGAAAUCUGAGGGAUAUGGUACUUAUCAGAAGAUAGGAAAAAUGUUUAAUACCAUCUCUGUCUAUCGUAAAGACCAUUUGAUAAUUUUCAUUUCUUACUGAAAAGAUUAACAGAAUAAUUAGGAAUUUGAAAGAAAUAUUUUUAAGGAUAUUUCAAUCUUAACGCUAUGACUACCUAAGGGACUGUUAACAGAAUUAUGUCAAUUAUGAUUGAUUCUAAAUUUUAAUUAUCAUUUGAUAUAGGUAAGAAAAUAAUACCAUAAGCUAGUUAAAAACAACAAAGUGUUAAAACUUAGAAUCCUUCUACUAUGGCAAUGAAUGUAUUAAACAAUUUUCUAAGUACCAUGAAUAUUACCUCUCUUCUCGAACACCUUGUACAUUUAGCAUCAAUUUCAUUUUAACGAACUUGAAUGAAAAAUUUUUGUAGAGUAACGACUCUUUUGUUGCCUUCACGAAACGACAGUCUCGACAGUAAAUAGAAAAGAAGAUAAAGGUAUACUGAAACACAGGGUGCAGGGUCGAUGAUGUUAUUCUUAUCCCAUUUUAUUCUAUUUCUCAUGAACAAUUUCUUUUUUUCUUUUCUGUCGAUGAAAGAAUGUUAAAAAAUAAUUGGAAAAUGGGUACUAGGUCCAUCUUCCUUAUCAUUGUUCUAUCACAAUCCCUGAACGUUUCCCUCGUAGGGCGCAGCAACCGGGGCAUGCUUCGACAGUGUUGAAGACAGGUCUGCGUUGUAAACGUCGCUUAAGUAACGAUCUUAAUGUCGGAUUGUCCCAACCGCAGUCGAAAUCUGCACGCUCAACGAUUCUCGACGGAAGAGAACGAAUCAACGGUGACCCCUGUCAAUACGACACGUCAUUCUGUCAUCAGACCGAACCGAAUUCAUCGCGAAUUAUCAGAGACGAAGAUGGUACGUCCACGGCGGAAGUGCACCAUAUGGACGUUGAUCCGGCGGACGGAAGUAGAAGCGGCAAUUUGGAUAGAAACACGAUUUAACGCGAAAAAUCUCUCCUGGUGAUGUCUCUUUAUAUAAUAUAUAUAUUUUAUUAUAACUGUCUGAUUUAGAACGGCGAUUAUUGUUUGUACAGUUGUAUGCGUUUUAUCUCCCCACACCCUCGUGAUACUCCCUCAUUUAUUAUUCAAAAUUUCUUAAUAAGUUGAAAUGUUUUAAUUUUUUUUUUUUUUUUU